UCGUAUAUUCAGUAGUAGUACAGGGUCGUUCGUUUUUGCGGUCAUUUGAAAAACAUUAGGCGUUCAUCGUGCUUGACUAUAUAAUAGCUCUGUGCAAGAGUGCAUGCAUGAUGGGGUUUGAUACCUUGAACAACAUUCCUGUUUGAUCUAGUUGCCUUGCUAGCCUUUCGAUAUAGCUAGAGUUAUCCAGUCUUCGAGAUCUGUUCGACUGAAAUGGCAGAGUCAAAACUUUCCUCCUCCUGCUGAGUGCCAUCCCGCAAACGGACACCUUUGUCCAUGGAUUACUGACCCUUCCUUUUUCUCAAACUCGGAGCUAUUAUCUGCUUCCAUUGACUCGUCAAUGCGCUAAAACUAUGUGAUUCACGUUCAACAUGUUCCAACGAUAACAUCAAGGGUUUAAGCCCUGCCGUUGUGAGUCGACAGUCAUCAAAGGACGGACGCCAUGCUCAAGUGGAUUGCAGCACCAAAGGGGAACGAUCCCCCGACUGCGUCUAGGUCUAAUAAGACAUCGAAUACCAUUGACAAUCGGCCGGUUGCUUGGCUUACGGACGAUCCCCUGGCGACCCUUAACGUCAACACCAUCCUCUCGGAUACGAAACGCACUAGGAAAUCGGCGGCGGCGCUGAGACGACAAUCUGAACCGGAGCAAAUCUACUCGGUUACCAGGAUGAACCCGCUAUUUGUCGACUCGCCAACCAAAGACACGAUGGCGACCAAUAAGUUAAGCGAAGGUGACAAACGGCUGAUGGAUGACAGUCGCUCGUCAAACCGGAGCGAACAAUGCCAAACGCCCAGCUCGUCGGGUUACGAAAGCGCUGCCGAUGCGGACAAACGCCGGCCCAAGAUCAGCGGCAGCAGCGCGCCUCAUCCCAAGCAUCAAGUCAUCAACCAAAGUAGCCAACAAGAGCAGCAGCAGCAGCGUCACCUAGUGGACAAUCAGCGUCGUCACUACCAGCAAAACUCGGUCGAGUCGAGUGCCGCCAGUGAUUACCGACGUCAGUUCGUCUUAGGGCCGCGACUGGAUCGAUCGGCCGCGUCGAAGAAAGCGACGGCGGAUGUGAUCGCAGCUGCCGGACCGAUACCGCGGCGAAUCGGAAAAGCCAAUCUGCUGCAUCAGGACUCGCUGUAUGUCACCAGCAUCCGCAUGCCGGCAUCGGUGGCGGGCGCCAACAACAACAAGCCGAGCAGCACCGGAACCGAUGAAGCGUCCAAGCAGAGACCGAUGGCCGUUGUCGACGAGUGGGACGAGCACGGCCAACAGCCUCCCAUCAGCAACGAUCAUCCGUCCACUUGUCACAGGAGCGUACCGCAUCCGGUGUGGCCGUCCAAGAGCGUCAGCGCAGCCAUUGGCGGCCGUCGUGGCUGCCAUCAAGCCGCCACCUCAGCCAUCGUCCAACAAAACGAGAACUACGUGACGCAAAUUCUGAUCGCUGCGCCGACUGACGAAAGGGCGGACGCCGCCGGCCGAGUGGCCUCUGCUGACGAUGAAGAUCGUGGCCUUGAUUCCAUCGUCACCCACUCGCUUCUCGUCAUGACCAGCUAUGACGGCCAAUCGACAGACGACGAUACGGCCUCAGAUUCUUCAGCCCGUCCUAACGGGCAGCAAUGCAACAAGGAAGAGCUUUGCCGCAUUCAAAUCCGGAUGACGCCAGCCGAGUUAUCGGAAAUCGGCCAACUGAGUCAGACGAUGAGCCAAAGUCGGCUGGUGGCCACCGUGUCGCGGGCCUUGAGUAACAAGAACAGCGACGCAUCCCAGCCUUCGUGCGGUGGAUCGACGCCCGAAGCCUACACCUCCUAUCCGGCCAGCUCGUCCAGCAAAUCAUCCAGCAAAUCGUCCAGCAAAAACGAGGACGACUCGGCCACGAUGGGCAGUUCGAUCGCGCGACGCAUUUCCAUGAUGAAGGAACGAUGGGACAAGCAUUCGCGUCGUCAAUUGUUGACCGAAAGCGACGACGACGAUGCGGCGGCGGCGGCGUCGCUUUUCAACCGCAGACUCGAUCAGCUCUACGUCCCCGAGAAUGGCGACGUCAAUUUCUGCGUCGGCCAUCAGCAGCCGCAGAUGACGAUCAACGACAGGAGAAUCAACGGCGGCCAACUUUGCCCUGGCGCGUCCCCGUUCUCCUAUUUGGCCGGCACCUAUCAUCCGACGACAAUCACCGAAGAGCCGAACGCUACUAGCGACGAUAAUGAAGUCCUCGUCGGCGUGACACCCAACCGGAUGUGCAUGCCGUACGCUCGUCAGACCAACUACGCCGAUCCAUUUGAACACGAUCGACUUUCUAAUUCGUCGUCUCGUUCGUCCGGAUCCGGAUCGAGGCGGGUCACCUUCUCAGCCGACACGGUUGACAACGAGCAGUCCACCAAAUCGACCAUCUCCACCGGAAGCGCCAGCAGCAGCAGCAGCGUCGCGAGUAUGUCGGGCAGCACCACCGCCAGCGAGAAGGACAAAACUGCCCAUCGCUGCCCGGACAUCAUCGAAGAGUUGAAGCUCAAUCCGCAUUAUUUGCCGCACCGCUACCAGCAGCAACCGGCCCCGUCGGUCAACGCGGACGCACGUUCAGGCCGCCUGGCCGGCUAUUACUCGUACAAUCUGCAAGCGCAAUUAGACAACUACAAUCGCAAUGCCAACGACGGAGGCCAGAAAGUGUCCACAUGGGAGCACUACCAUCAACAAGAGGCCAGCACAACGAGAGCGAGUUCUUCUUCGACGGGUCGACCGUCGGCCGCCGCCAUCCGAUUGGAUCCUUACAACAAUUUACAGUUGCAUCCGAAUUACGGCGCCGCCUGUCCAGAAAGGUCCAUGUGCGUGGACUUCACUCUGGAUGGCGUCGAAGAGGCUCUGCUUCAACGUCGCUCCGAUAGCCAUAAACUACGUCGUCGACUUUGCUGCUGCCUUCUCCUUCUGCUUUGCCUCGUCGUCCUGGUCAUCGUCGUCAUCGUCAUUUCUCUCUACCUGUCGCAAGGACAAAUGAUUUUCGGAUCCCUCGGUCCUGUUUGAAGAAUGGCCGAUGCGCACUUCAUCCUUGUCGCCUUGCAGUGGCUUUUAAACAAUCGCGCUCUUUUUUAAAAUCUGGUGAUGGACAUUUCCAGCUUUUUUGCAUCCAUUUCAUGAAACAGCAUUCACAAUUCGCUCCUGCCUAAUUGCGGAUGCAAAUUGAACAGAGGAACCCACCGAUUUUGACAGUCAAUAGUUGAUCGGUGCGUCAAGUGCAUUCAUCCCAUUUCCUCCAUUUUACAUACGUACGGUAGGUAAGGUAAGGAAAGAGUCGACUUUUUGUGUAUAGAUCGGGUCACAUCCGUCCGAGCAGUCGUUUUUUUUGUUGAAAGAAAAGAGGAUGGAAUAAAUUAAAAAAAAGGCCAAUAAAGUCAAGGUCUAUCCCCCCCAGAGGAGAAGACGAAAUGCAUUUUCCAGAUAAAACAUGAAAAAAAAUCGACAACUUUUGUAGUCUUUAAAUGUUUUCUUUUUGUUGCAUGGGGAAUAAGAGGAACGCUUGUAGAGAACCGUUCAUGCAUAUUGUACGAGCAUUUCUUUCUUUACAUAUAUAGAACCCCUCCUCGUUUCCCAUUGGCUGUUUAGUGCCGCGUAUGCAGGGAGAAGCAAAAAUGUCUAAAAAAAAAACCAAAUCUUUGAAAAAAAAAGAUAUGCGUAGAGAAGGCAAGUUCGUUGGCGUGUGUCUUGCCGCAGCCCUGACCAUUUUGUACAAGUUGUUAACAAUGUGUGCCUUUCCUUUUUUUUUCUUAUUCGCAUCGCCUUUGACUGAUUCCAUUUCACUCGAGUGACGCAUGCUUUCCCGGAAGAAGCGUCAAGGAAGCGAGUUGUCAAGACGACGCCGAGAAGUUGGAAAUGGAAUAAUAAUAGAAAAAGAAAAAAAAAAGAAGAGCGGGAAUUUGAAGACGAUGGCCUUUCUCUGUUGCGUCAAAUUUGCAUCGUCGCAAAUAGUUAACCACUUUGCAACGAACAAAGUGCGCGAUAAAAACGAGGGGGGGAUGUCGAGUCGACGACGAGCGUCUGUGAAUAGAGUCGACACCAUUUCUUUCUAUUUAUUGUGUAUUUCUUAUAUUAUUUGGCAAAGAGCAACACGGUGAAUAGCCGCCAACGGUUCACAUGCAGCACGCAGUCAAAGAUAUCUGUUUAUCUGUAGUUGCUCUCGGCACACAGCACUUGAUUAUUGUCUUUGAAUUCGAUUGUAUAACACGCCCUCCAGAUUGAAGUGUAUCCUCCAUUUCUUUUGUUUCUUUGCUGGGCUCGCACAAGUUUUACGUGUCACAGACAAUGUAUAGAUAGAGAGAGAGAGCAUCAGAAGAAGACUGAUGAGUUGAGCAACUAUGACGAUGAAAGAACCCCCCAGAAAAAAACAAAACAAAAAAACAAAAAGGAUAGUUAAAGCCAGCAUAGGCGAGGAAAGAGUUGGAGCUCGCAUCGAGCCAAAACGAUUCCCUCUCUUUCCUAUUUAUAUCUUAAAAUGAAGAGACACGAUAAUAAAAAAAAUGAAAGAAAGGGAAGAAUAAAAAAAAAAGGGAGAAGAUUGUGCAUCAGCAACAUCAUUUGCCGUGCAGCAGCUUUCGAUUUGUGAUUAAAGUUGCCGAAAGCUCGUCUUCAUCCAUCAGCAUAUUAGAUGGCGUAACUUGAUUGAACUCGACGAGUUCGGUUCCGCUGCCGCCAACAUGGCACGAUAUCCUUCUUUCCUCUCUCUCUCUCUUUCUUUUUAUCCCUUUCUUUUUGAAGUAUUUUUCCUAAAGUAAGUUCCUUUUUUAAAAAAAAUAUUUUUCUCUUGUUGUCGUCGGAAAGACAUUUCGAAAUUGAUUUGCCAAUAACCGAAAUGUGUGCGCGAAAUUCAAAAUCGUCGUUUCGUGAUGGAAACAACGAAUUGUGUUACACCGUUGAUGCUGCUAUUAUCCACUGCGCUUCUCCUAAAUGUUAUGAUUAUUUGAUUUGGGGCCUAUACGCCGCUCGACGUUUGAAAUAGUCGGGCUUGUUAUUCACAGUAUUGUUCCUUGUCUGGUAUACCACCGGGAAAACUGGUUGACGGUUUCGAUUGGCAGUCGCAUGGUCAGCAAUUGCCUUGUUUGUUUGUUUUUGUUUCUUUAUUUCUAAACGUGUGACCCACAUUUGGCUUAUAUGCGCUGCGUGUAUAUCUGUUAUUCAAUACAUGGUCUUUUUCGUUUG